AUGACCAGGGCUGCCUCCUACAGCUUCACUUUCAAGUGCAGGCACUGCAUCUCCAGGAGGGCCCGGCUACUGUUCUCAUUGCAAGCUGCAGGCUGCUACCCGCGUGUGCAGAUGAAUCCACAUCCUAACAGGCGGAAGUCAACCAGAGUAACCUUUGAGGCGUCCAUUUUAAAGGACUCUUGGAAGCCAGACAUAUCAGGGUUGCGUGAAUCAGAAAAAGAAGCCUAUCGGUUAAUACAGGAAUGUUUAGAACAGGAACACAUGUCCGGGUUGGACAAACUGAAUUUCCUCAGGGCUGUGGAAGCUUUGAGUAGUGCUGUGCAUGCCCAGACAGACAGCAAUAUGAACAAUUACUUUCCCAAAGCCAUCCUGGCCAGGAAAAUUGAGUCAUUGAUCCUGGAAGAACCCACUGAGAUCCUGGAUAACUGCGUGCGUCAGAAAGCAAUGCUCUGCGCUGUGACCUUGAGCCAGCUAAAUCCAUCGUUCCACUUAUCCCAGAAGCUGGACCUGGCCAAUGCUGGUAUCUCCAGGAUAUUCCCUCUGCCACUCAUCAUGCCCAGCCUAGACCGAAAGGAGAGUGCUGGUCUCUACCUCCAGACGGUCCAGGCCUUAGAUGACAUGUUGCAAGCUCUGGUGAUGGACAAUAUGAAGCCUGACAUGCUCAUAUUGCAAAACUUCCUGGAGCUCAUCUUACCUUGGGUAACACUGUCGGACAAAGUGCAUGAGCAGACCCGGGCCUUGGGCACUGUUUCCAGGUUGCAAAGGUUUAUUUGCAAUUUCCCUGAAGUGUCGCAUAUGACACUGUUCUCCAUGAGCGGGAAGCUGAUGGGCAUCCUGGGCCUCCUGUGCGUGAGCUCCCACCACGAGAUCAGCAUGGAAGCAUCAGAGGCAUUACAUUACUUGCUCAAAAUCCUUGCGCUUCAGAGAAGUGUAAAGCAGAAGACAGAGACUGUCCUGAGGGAUUUACAGAAGAAUUUCCGUGGGGAAUGGCUGGCCAGCCUGCAGGAUCUCACCUUGUUCUUUAGGAAAUACCUGACUCCCAUGGAGAGAGCCGAUGUCAUUAUGGUGGCCCUGGAGGCCUUGAUCAGCACCAACCUGUAUGACAUCCACGCAGCCUCCAAGGUGUUGAAGAUGGUCCUGAAAUACAAUAUUCCAGAAAUUGGGAAGGUGUCGGAAAUCAUCGAGUACAUCUACUUCCACACCAACAGCAUCACAGAGGCUACCGCCCAGAGCACCAUAAGGAGGAUCCUUUACCUGCUGGCCCAGUCCUACACCGACGAGGUCAUCCUGACACUGUUUAAGAUAGAGGAUGAGUCACAAAAAGGGAUACGCCGUCCCUGGGAGAUCCUGGCCUCCUUCCCAAAAGGCUACGAGGUGAUCAUGGAAUAUCUGCUGCAGAGGCUGAUUCCAUUCCAGGCAAAAAAGGACCAGGAGCCCAGCCGCACGUCAAGGAUCUCCCCAUGGAUUGCCACCAGGGCCAUCUACGAGCUCCUGCAGGAACCCAGCCGGCGGAUGGAGCUGCAUACCUUCUUCUCCUCCCUGUACGUAAGGCUGCUCUUCCAGGUCUCCUUUCUCGUGCUUGAAGAAAGUGCUGAAAUGCUCCAGGACCAGCAGCUUGUCAUGGAAUGUGUGGACCCUGUAAGCUCCACGGUGGAGGCCCUGAAGACCUUGAUGUACAGCUCUGGCUAUGAGGAACUCGUGACUUAUGUCCACACCUUUGGGGGCUGGAAUCUGCUGGUGGAUCCUGAGAAACACUACGACGGAGUCACCCUGCUGGCCCGGUCCCUGGUGGUCAAGGACUGCUGGCACAACCGCCCCAUCUUCAGCUUCAUCAUCAGCAUCCUCCAGGACAUGAACUGUCCCAACCACAUAACAGCCCUCGUGUUCCUGACAGAGCUGCUACAGUGCCCAGAUGUGGCAGCCAUUGUGGAUGACAUUGCCACCCACACUUUGGCAAACUGGUUCAAGGAUGAGGAGCUAAUCACAGUGAAGCUGUUGCUGCAGGUGACAGAGCUCUUCCCUAAGCACAAGAACUUGGUGAAGCGCCUCCAUAUUCUGCAGCCACACGUGCUGAGGUGCUGCUACUCCUCCUGCACCGGCAUCGUGAGGGAGACCUUCCUGACGCUGAGUCACCUCCUCGAGGACCUCACCUGGCAGCACUCCUCUUUCUUCCUUAUUCAGCUGGCCUUCACUCUGGGCCCUUUCCUUGAGGAGGAGUCAGAGUGUCUGCGCCUGAUGGCCUUUCAGCUCUAUGGAAGUCUCCUGUCCAAGGUCAAGAAGAGAGACCUCGUCUUCCCCUUGAAGCAGCAGAUCCUCAACUCGGUUGUUCUCCUUGUGCUGCACCUGAAGGAUGUGAAUAUUGAUGUGGCUCAGAUCUGCCAGCUGUCCCUCUGCCACACUGCCACCUUACUGGGCUGGACAAAGUUGAAAGCAAUCUUCAACAAGAGAGAUGUAUUUGCCAUUCUCAGGGACCUGCUGCAGCAGGAAGCGAACAAAGCCUUCUGGUUUCUGAACCAGUGUGUGACUCUCUUCAAGAGCCCCCAGGUCUUCAUCCGCCAGGCAGCUGUGUGGUUUGCAGGUCAGAUCAUCCAAACCCUUAACUUGGAAGAGAUGGAUGAAAUUGAGGACGCGUAUACAGCCCUAACGCACAUGCAGAAAGACCCGGACCCCGUGGUCAGCUGUCUGACCACACAGACCUUCUACAUCCUGGAAGCCAAUAAGAAGUUGCUGCUGACCAAGACCCCUACUUCCUGCUUUGGCAGGAGGAGGCCCCAGAGGAGCUUCUUUUGAGCCUGUGUCCCUAGGCUCCCAAGACUGUGACAGCAGGGCCAUGCUCCUGAGCCCUGCAAUAGAAAUAGUAUGUCCCCAAAGAACU